AUGCAGGCGAGAUUAGAUCCAAAAUUUUCAAAUUACUUGCUUCAAUUAGGUAAUGGAAUUUCCCCAAUCACAAUUGAUGAAGAGACAAAAAUUCCUGAUGAUAUGCUUAUCCGUUAUGAAAAUGAUGCUGGUUCUUUGCAAAAACUGAUAAAUGCUGUUUUUCAUAACAUUCAUGAUUAUUUAGAAAAUUUGUCUGAAAUGUUGAAUCGUGCUAUAUUGACUCCAAAAACAGAUGAAAUAAAUGCUAGACUUAAACAGAUGUUUCCAGGUGAGCUAAAACAAUAUUAUAGUUUCGAUGAAGCAAUUUAUGCAUUUGAACAAGACAUUAUGGAAGACUUCUUGAAUACUUUGACACCAAAUGGGGUUCCAUCUAAUGAAUUGCUACUUAAAAAAGAUUUUCCAAUCACGUUGUUUAGAAAUAUUAAUCUUUCAGAAGGCUUAUGCAAUGAAACUCGUCUGAUACGUCGCAACUUUGAACGUAACGUCAUUGAUGCAGAAAUCGCAGUUGGUCAUCAUAAUGGUAAAAGAGUUUUUAUACCAAUAAUCAUAUUUUUGCCAAAAACUGAUGAAAACAAUGGUUUCCCAUUCAAGAGAACUCAAUUUCCUAUCAGAUUAAGUUUUGCAAUGAGAAUCAACAAAGCACAUGGCCAAACAUUGGAUUUUGUAGGGAUAUAUCUGCCACAACCUGUAUUCUCUCAUGGACAACUAUAUGUAGCAUUAUCAAGAGCUAAGACAGCCUCUUCAGUAAAAAUUGUGAUAAGGUCGAUAUCAGUCAAUAGAUCUUAA